AUGUCGGAGGCAAAAACCGCAGUCGAUAUCCAGGAUGAGAGCCGCCUGGCCCAGCUAGGAUACAAGCAAGAGUUGAAACGGGACUGGACUUUGAUGCACAAUUUUGGCGUGUCUUUUUCGAUUAUUAGUGUCAUCACGGGUAUCACGACGUUAUUCAGUUAUGGACUCACCACAGGCGGACCCAGUACCAUGAUUUAUGGCUGGAUUGUUGUAUCGUUAAUGACCUUUUCUGUUGGCCUGAGUAUGGCUGAGAUUGUCUCGGCGAUUCCGACUUCAGGUGGUCCCUAUUUUUGGUCGGCCAUGCUAGCUCCAGCCAAGUAUGGUCCCUUUUUAUCGUGGUUAACAGGGUGGUUCAAUUUUGUCGGACAGUUUGCGGUCACAACUGGAAUCAGCUUCGGGUGCGCAGGCCUCAUCGCAACAGCGGCGACGAUCAAGACAGAUUUCGAACCCACAGCAGGCAAGACUCUCGGGAUCUACGCGGCAAUUCUGGCCAGUCACGGGUUGGUCAAUACAUUCGGGGUCCAUGUAUUGCGAUAUCUCAAUAAUACGUCGAUUGUGCUGCACAGUUUGGGAGUGGGUAGUUUGGCAAUUGCGGUCGUCGCAAAGGCACCAACACAUCGCUCCGCGGCGGAGGUGUUCCAGCACUUUUAUGAUGGCACCGGUGACCCAGGCUGGUCGGAUCGAGCCUCUCCAGCGUAUGUCGCUAUUUGCGGAAUCCUUCUCAGUCAAUACACUAUCACAGGAUUCGAUGCUUCUGCACAUCUGUCGGAGGAAACUCACCGCGCCGACUGGAACGCCCCCAUUGGCGUCCUGAUGUCUAUCGGUGUCUCCGCGAUUUUCGGGUUCUUCCUACUCCUCUGCCUCCUCUUCUCUAUACAAGAUUUCGCGGCCACCAUUGACCCCGACCAGAACUACGGCCAACCAGUCUUUAAGAUCUUCGUCGAUGUCUUUGGCGAGUCCGGCGCUCUGGCGUUGAUCAGCUUGAUCAUUCUCUGCGUUUGGCAUUGCGGACUCUUCAGCCUGACUAGUAACAGCCGCAUGAUGUUUGCCUUUUCGCGCGAUGGCGCUCUCCCCCGGUUCUUUGACCACGUCGACGAGCGCUUCAAAAGCCCCAUCCGCACGGUAUGGCUGGCUGCAUUUCUGGCGUUUUGCCUGGCCCUGCCGUCGCUAGGAAGUUCGGUCGCAUUCUCGGCAGCGACCAGUAUCGCGACAAUCGGAUUAUAUCUCAGUUAUGCGAUGCCGAUUCUCAUUGCGGUGAUUUGGCCCGCGAAUCUAACCAAGGGGCCGUUUGAUCUGGGACGAUUUUCGUGGCCCGUGGGCGUGAUUGCUUGUCUGUGGGUUCUGUUUAUUACGGUGGUGUUUUGCCUUCCGACUGCGAAUCCCGUCACCGACCAAACGCUUAACUAUACACCUGUGGCGGUCGGAAUCGUCCUUGUCGGCACGUUGGGUACGUGGUUUCUCUGGGCUCAUCGCUGGUUCCAAGGGCCGAUGCGCCAGAUUGAAUUGGAGACAGCUGGGGUCCCAAUCGAGGAACAGGCAGUAUUAGAACAAACCACAGUAGUAGAGAAGAUGCCGUAA